AAUUAAAGGAACAACUAACAAUAUCAGAAGAAAAUGUGAAUGCAAUAGGAGACUUGCUUGUCCCUUGAGGUCGUUCAGUGUCGUCAGUUCGAUCCGGUCAGUGGGCCAUUCAGCAUGAACAACCAGCGCGAUUCACAAUCAAUAUAUUCCAUCAACAGCGACAGGCAUUUAGUGCCCAUAAAAUCCAGGAAGACUUAUUUUAAAACAAGAAAGAAAUGCAGAAUAUCAACAAUAUUAUCAAUUCUUCUCAUUAUCCUUUUAUUAGCAGGUCUCAUCGGUCUUGUAUUAUUCAUUUCGAGAAUAGAGUGGCUUUAUUUAUGUGAAGAUGAGGACUGCGUGCGAAUUGCUGCUAGUCUUAAGGAAUCUAUGGAUACCUCCGUAGAUCCUUGUGAUGACUUUUACCAGUACGCCUGUGGUAGAUGGCCUGAAAUACAUCCAUUACCCGAGAGUAGUUUAACCAAUUCCUGGUUUAGUGAAAGAAGUAAGAGAGUAACAAGAGUGAUUAGAGACUUGUUGCGAGAGAAUUCCUCUGAUCACGUUCCAUGGGCUGUUGAACAGGCAAAGACAUUGUACAAAAGUUGCAUGGAUUUAGAUUCCAUAAAUGCCUGGGGACUAGUGCCUUUGUUGAGUUUGCUGAAGGAAUUAGAUUUGCCGCAAAUUCCUGCAGCUUUCACAAAAAAGAAGACAAACUUUGUUCGGCAAAUGGCAAGGGUUAAACGUAUUCUCGGAAAGGAUAUAUUUUUCGGCAUGGAUGUAUAUCCUGAUCCUAGGAAUAAAUCUCGAAAUACUAUAAUUCUCGACACUCCAACAACAGAGACUCCAUUUCCAAAUGACAAGGAAAUAGAACUACGUCUACAGAAAAUUAAAAAUCACAUGCUAAAUUUAGAGGAUGAAUUAAAAUUGGAACAAGCUUCAGCGACGAUAGAAAAAAAUUAUAUGAUUGAUGCAAUUAAAGAGGUGAUUAGUAACGGAACAGUGGAAUAUAGAAGUUGCAAAUCAAAAACGUUGUCUUCCUUUGCUCGCGAAAGUGAAGUUAAUAUUGUGGUUAAUCAUAUUUAUGAUCUUGGUGAGGUACUUUAUAAGUUGAGAAAUGCAGAAAAUAGUACAACAAUAACGGAGGAGGACUUAUCGGAUGAAGAUUAUAUGGAAAUGGAGGAUUUACAAAAACUAACAGACGAGUAUGUCAAAUCUCUUAAUUCGUCAUUGAAACCAAAAGUAAUUUGGAGACCAUUUAUUGAAGAAGUUUUUAAAGAUAUCAUAACAUUGAAUAAAAAAGAUAUUGUGUUGGUAGCAGAUUUAGAAUAUUUGAAAAAAAUUGCCUAUAUAUUAUCUUCUACAGAAGAAGAAUUGUUAGAAACAGUUAUUUGGUGGAGUGUUAUAGACGUCAUAACACCGUUUGCUUCUAAGGAUCUAAGACAAAUUUGGACCACUUAUCUAGACGAAAUAAUGGAAGUUGAAAUUGGCGAAUCGAGAUCGAUGAAUUGUGCAACGGCUGUGAAUGAUUUAAUGGGAAUGGCUGUUUCCUGGUUAUUUGUCGAACGAAAAUUUCACAAUGAAACUGAACCAAAAGUAAAAGAAAUGGUAGACGAUAUUAAAGAAGCUUUUGCAUCAAUGGUAAUUGACUCCGAUUGGAUGGAUGGACAAACGAAAACGGCAACAUUAGAGAAAAACAAAAAAAUGUCAUCUCUAAUUGGUUAUCCACGUUGGCUUUUUAAUAAAAACGAUCUUAAUGAUUAUUAUGAAGGUAUAGAUUUGUCGGUUAUUGAAUACAUGGCAAAUAUGAUGCAAAUAGUUCGAAUUCAGAGUACUUCAAAUUUAAAGAAUCUUCACGAUUUAAAUUCCGAUGAUGAACCAUAUUGGGCUACUGAUCCAACGAACGUGAAUGCCUUUCACACUUUCCAAGCCAAUCAAAUCACCAUACCAAUCGGAAUUUUGCAAUUUCCGUUUUACGAUUUGGGUCUCGAAGCCUUAAAUUACGGAGCCAUUGGUACAGUCCUUGGUCAUGAGUUAACUCACGGUUUUGACAACAGUGGAAGACAAUAUGAUGGUGAUGGAAACGUUCGUCAGUGGUGGACCAAGGACACCAUAGAAAAGUAUAAGGAAAGAACAAAAUGUUUCGUUGAACAAUACAACAGUUUUUAUGAAGAAGAGAUUGAUGAAUACGUUGAUGGGGAACUAACUUUGGGGGAGAAUAUUGCCGACAAUAGCGGAUUAAAAGAAGCGGUUCUCGCCUAUAAACGAUGGCAAAAGAGACACGGAAAAGAAAAUCAAAUUUCAGGAUUUACAAAUCUCACCCACGAGCAACUUCUCUUUCUAGGAUUUGCGCAUUUAUGGUGUGAAAGUUACACAACCUCAUCCUUAAAGUGGAUGUUGCAAGAUUCACAUUCUCCAGGUCAUAUUCGACUAAAAGGUGUCUUGAGAAAUUCUCAAGAAUUCAGUUCAGCUUGGAACUGUCCCUUAGGAUCGAAAAUGAAUCCAGAAAAGAAGUGCAGUUUAUGGUGAUCAAAAUUAAAAACAUCAAGAUGCAAAAUAAAAAAAAAUCUUUUAUAAUGGCAAAAUUAUUUUAAAGUGCUUAAUAUUGCAAUCAAUUCAAAAGUAACUAUGUUCCUGAGAAAUAAGUCAAGAAGAAAGGAAAUAAGUGAAAAACAUAAAUACAAUCAAUACAAUUAAUUAUAAAUAAUAAUAAUAAUAAUAAUAAUAAUAAUAAUAAUAAUAAUAAUAAUAAUAAUA